AUGCGAGGGGGGGCAAACAAGAAGUCAAACAAACGCAGCCAAGUUUGGGACGACUUGGAUGAGUACCAAUGCAGCUUGCUGAACACCACUUGGCUGAAGGCAGCGCACUCGGCUACACUCCGUGCCGGCUGCGACCGAGACGAGGCCCUGUACAGAGUCUUGCUGUCAUUCUCCGUAGCACCCCGCCCGCAGGCGGAAGCCAAGGCACAGGUCGCUGCGAGUCGGGCAGCCGUGGCUUGGGGCAUGCAGGGGCCCUUCGCCCUUUUCUGUCACGUGACGGCCCACCGCACUUCCUGGUUUCAGGCAAGAGGAGGAUACCAUUUGGACCACGGCAUUUUGCACGGGGAAGCUCACGCUGACGGCUUGCAGCCGCAUGAGGUGGCGCAGAUUGCUUCGACUGCUGUGAGCCAAAUGGCAAGGGCAGAAGCAGAACGAGGAAUGCAAGGGCUGGAGGAUGCUGCGAUGGAGGCACUUGCAUGCCGAGUUUGCUGUGAUGUGCAUGCGAGAAACGACGUUUUUGGAAGGCUGGCAAGGCUGCCGCGAGGGUUGGUCUGGAUCUGGGUUCGAUCCUUGUCGGAUCGGCACGCUGCUGCAAGAUUUUGUGCCUGUUUCUUCCUCCGUUCCCGAGGCAUGAGCGAGCAGACCUCCUACGAAGUUGCAGCAGCCACUGCCGCAGAGAUGGCGGAGGCUGACAAGUUGCUACAUUCUGCAGCACCGCUCGCUUCAGCUCCUUCCAGGGCAUCGCUUCAGCUGCGUGGAAGCGCCUCUCGGCAAGCAUAUGCUACAGGUAGCAGCGUUAGCACCCUGAACUCGCAGAAGCCUCACAUCGCAUUCCCGUGCUCUGACGGUGCCUCGAACUGA